AUGAGUCUUCCAAAUGCAACGGAGGACUUGUCGUCUGAAAUGGAGGUUGAUGCGUUUCGACGCCUUUUUCCGCUUCGAUAUUUCGAGCGGCAUCUUGCUGAAUCUAUACGUCCUGAUGGUAGACCACUUAAAGAAGCUAGAGAAACAAGUAUAUUUCUUGGUGCUGUUGCAUCUGCUAAUGGAUCAGCUCUUGUGAAGAUUGGAUCCACGACUAUGUUGACUGCUAUUAAAAUGGAAGUUAUGACUCCUUCCUUGGAGUCACCAGAUGAGGGUUGCUUAGCUAUUGACUUCCACAUGCCUUCAAUUUGUUCUCCGAUUGUUAGGCCUGGCAGGCCUGCUGAAGCAGAGCCGGUUGUGUCAAAGCAGUUGUCUGACACCAUUUCAAGUUCUGGAAUGAUUGAUUUGAAAGAAUUGUCCUUGGUUGGUGGAAAAGCUGCAUGGAUGGCUUACUUGGAUAUCUAUUGUUUGGAUGCUGAUGGGGCUCUUUUUGAUGCUGCUUUACUCUCCGCAGUUGCUGCCUUAUCUCAUUUGCAAAUUCCUGCUGUUGCCAUGAAUGACGAUGGCAAAAUAGUACUGAUGUCUGAGGAAGAUGGACAGAAGCAGACAAAGGAGCAAGUGAAUAAGGAGAAGAGGAAGCUCACAUUAAAAAGCAUUCCAUUAUCGCUAACAUGCAUACUUCACAAGAACUACAUAUUGGCUGAUCCUACCGCAGAAGAAGAAUCCAUAAUCGAAACCCAUGUGACAAUUGUUUUGGAUACAUCUGGUCAACUAAUAUCACUUUACAAACCCGGUGGGCCAGUUCUUGCCUUUACUUCUGCUAUUCAGGAUUGUGUUGCAUUGACUAGGCAAAGAGUAAAGGAGCUAAAGAGCUUCUUAGACCAAGCAAAUUCUGUUAUGGAGGUUGAGUAG